ACUCCCUUCCCCUUUACCAGCCCCACACACUUCUCACACUCCAUAGCAGAAAGAGAAAUCUCCAUUUCUCUAUUAUAUUAUAAUGGACUCAUAUUUUCAGGCGGCAUUUACGGUGUCUACUCCAUACACACCACCUCCACGACCCUCUCUUUCACCCAGUCUAACACCACGUCUACCACCAUUUCCUCCGUCCGAUCCUGAAUUCAAAGGAAAUGAGUUCAAUAGUCCUGAAGGCGUCUGGAAACUGCGCAAUGAAGUCUACAGUGAAACCAUACUGCCACAUUAUCCAACGGGCACGCAUGCUGCCUUGGUGUCGAUCAAGUACAAGGAAACGAAUUCUUCGUCACUAGGGGCUAUUGCUAAUUUAACCUUGACAAACUCUGCCACAUCCUCUGUGUCCGAUAAUCUCACGUCGAUGACAGGUUCAGACAAAGGAGAUAACGCAACCACUCUCACAGCGGAUUCGGAGGAUGAGGAAGUCAUCGUCGAGAGUGCAUCGACGUUAUCGCCAGCUGUUACAUUUUCACCGGCCGUAUCCAAUGUCGAGGAGAGUAAAGCUUCAUUAACAAUUCCAAUCAAAAGUGCCCAUGGCAGUGCCCAGAGUCUUGGCUAUGCAAGUUCGCCACUGUCCAGCAGUGCCAGUACCGCCAGUACAGUUUAUGUACCACCCAGUGGGGCACCGCGGUCCCUUUCCAUCAACACCGCUUCCUUGUAUCAUAAUAAUCAACCAUCGUCUCCUGUGGUCUCCGCAGGGCCCAUGUCCUCCUCCUAUACCAAUGCACAUUCCGGAACGGAGUUUAUGUCGCCGAAAGCCUUUGAUAUGGAUGUUACUGCAUCCCCGCUCGGCACUAGUGGAAACUCUUUCUCUUCGCUAUUUGGAAGGGUUAGUAAACAUAACCCACGUAAACCCAAGAAUAGUAUUACCAAAACAAAAUCAAGUUUUGUGAACAAGAUCGUUACCAAUGAGCAUCUAGCCAAGGUGUUAGCAGCCAGGACAAGUGACGAUUCUUAUUUAUUUUACAACGUUGGAGCAAGCUUUAUAUGGAUGGAUGCUGCAUCUAAACCCAAGGAACCUUUGUCUCGCAUUAUAUUUUCAAAAGCUUAUCCAACCUCCCAUGACGUAAACCUUCUGACAAGAGGAUAUGAUCACUUGGAUGUCAUUAUUGGCUUUUCAUCGGGCGAUUGUAUUUGGUUUGACCCAUUAGGAAAUAAGUACUUUCGGCUCAACAAAGGCGGUUUGCUGAAUUCGUCAGCCGUGACCAUGAUCAAAUGGAUUCCAGGGUCCGAGAGCAUGUUUAUGGUAGCAUACAAUGAUGGUUCAAUACUGGUUAUGGAUAAAGAGCGAGAUGACCAAGCGUUUACGCCUGCGCAAAACGAUGGAUGGGCUAAUCAACUUUUCCAUGUUACUAAACCUCAUAAAGGUUUCAAGCAUAACCCGGUAUCGCAUUGGAAGGUCAGCCAGAAGAGCAUUAAUGCCUUUGCGUUUUCGCCAGACUGCUUGCAUGUCGCCGUGGUGGGUAGUGACGGCUUGUUGCGUAUUAUUGACUAUACGACCGAAAGACUUCUGGACACCUUCGGGGCGUAUUAUGGCAAAUUGACUUGUGUGGCGUGGAGUCCUGAUGGACGAUAUAUUGUGACUGGAGGGCAAGAUGACCUGGUGACCAUCUGGGCUUUUCGGGAACAACGCAUCGUUGCCCGCUGCCAAGGCCAUAACUCAUGGGUCACGGGCGUAGCAUUCGAUCCUUGGAAGUGCGAUGAAAAAGUGUACAGAAUUGGAAGUGUGGGCGAGGAUUGUAACUUAAUAUUAUGGGAUUUUUCAGUGAGCGCACUGCACCGGCCUAGAUUUAAACAUCACCGUACCUCAUUAUCCCUGACCAAUGCAAACGAUAAUACAAGUUGGAGGUCAUCCAAGCCAUACCUUAAUUUGGACGCUGGUGUGAGAUCCAUGAUUGCCAAUGGCACGAAUCCGCUUGGCUUGAGACCAGAGGCUGCAUUGGACGAACAAGACACUACCUCAAGUUUUUCUUCCUUCAGCAAGAUUCGACGAAAACCAAGUGUCAAACACCCUUUGUUUGCAAGUCCGGAAUCAAAUAAAGGGACACCAACAACGGAUUCUGCGCACCAUAUUCGGUUACCUGUCAUUCACCCUGCGCCAAACAAGAACCAAGUGUCUUUCUUACAACCAAUCGCAGUUCGAUCGGUCCAUUCAGACCCAUGUGUAGAUAUUAUUUAUAGAGAGGACGCCAUUGUAACCACAGAUCGAAGAGGUAGAGUACGUACAUGGACAAGGCCAGUUUAGACGCUGAAUACCUUGGACUUUCUUCUUAGAAAUGACUCUCGAUUUAAUUUAUUCAGUUGGCUCGCUACCAAUUAUUUUUGGGAAUAUGACAACCUAACGGAGCUACCUUUUUAUGGCUAUAAAUGCCAAGAAGGACCAGACUUCCGUCAAAGGGCUUUCGAAGCCUGCCAUGGCGACGCAGCUACGUUCUUGUGGUAUUUUACAAUGAAAUUCCAAGUUCUGAUGAUUUUGCAAAGGAGACGCUGGCUUCGUUUGCGCCAC